GCUUCGUUAACUGCGCAUGCGCGGAGCUACUUUGCUUCAUGUCGACAAGCUUACAACGCCCUCCAGUGUCAAAUUUUGUUACCAAAGGUAAGCUAGUGGAGCCAGGUAAGCCAGUGGAGCCAUGGACCAGGUGGCUGGGGUAACUCCAGCCUCUGGCCAGAACUUAAAUGACCUUCAAAACUAUCUGGUGACUUUUAACAAGGAAAUUGAGGGAGAACAGACACCAGGGACUCAACACAUACGCCCCAUACAAAUAUCCACUGUGCCUAACAAGGGUCAAGUGGUCAUACAAGAUGGUGGUGCUGCUCUUGCAGGAGCUGACCCCACAACUUCUCAAGCACAGGCUGUUGGUGGCUUCUACAAGGAGCAGGGUAUCAUUGAUGGUAAUCUAGAGGGAACUGCAGUUCAACUUAUUCAGGGGAUAGUGUCGGCCCCAUUGACAGGGGCUGAGCAGGUGCCAGAUGAUGCAUCUGCUCUGGUCGGUGUGGAAAAAUCUGAAGCAGAUGCCAUCAAUUCCCAGUACCAGACUUACAUAGCAGAUUUAACAGGUGAUGGAACACAAAUUAUUGGUGGGUUGGAUGGCUCAAUUUCUACACAGGAGAUCAGUUCUUCCAUGGUUCAGAGUUUGAUGAAUCCUUCAACAUCAGGGAACAUCAUAAGGAUUGUAUCCAUGGGGGCUGAUGGCCAGAUGCAGUUUGUCAGUGAAGAGAUCCCACAAGGUACUGAACUCACCGAGGUACCUAAAGAACUAACUCCUCAUAGCGUUGAAGGCAUUGAACAACCGGAUGUUAUCGAUGGAACCGAUCCAGUUGCAGUCUUGGCUUCAAUUGCAGCUAAUACCUCCAAUGCUGUGAAUCAUCUUCAGGCAGUUCCAGUUAGUCAGAGUGAGAUGCAUAAUGCCCAGCUGGUGGCCCUCCAGAACUCCGCGGACAGCUCUCAGCCGCAGCUUGUAGCUGUGCAGGCUGGGGACGGAAUGGAUGAGACUCUUCAAGUUAUCGGUGCAGCUGAAGGUGCUACGGACAAUUCAGUCAUCUUCAAUGCUGGUAACUCAUUCCAGACUGUCACCAUUGUUCCUUCUGAAGUCGGCAAGGAUGGUGAGGUGAGCUACGUCCUGAUAGUUUCACAACCAGAUGGAGAAAAAGAUGCAAAUGGUAAACCUAUUACGACUGAUAUGUCUGUGUUUGACUUUAAAGAAGAAGCUCGGGAAAUAAGCACGGAAGAGAUAAUUGAUGAGGAUGGAACAACCAAAAGAAUUUUGAAAAUUACACCAAAGAGAGCAUAUGCUACAGGAUCUCCCAAUCAACUGAUGUGUCAUUAUUGUAACUACACAAGUCCGAAGAGGUAUCUCUUAUCUCGGCACAUGAAGUCUCAUUCAGAAGAACGCCCACACAAGUGUACAAUCUGUGAUCGUGGUUUCAAGACAAUUGCAUCUUUGACUAAUCAUGUGAACACUCACACUGGUCACAGGCCUCACAAAUGUAAGGACUGUGAAGCAGCAUUCACAACAUCGGGUGAACUUGUGCGCCAUAUUAGGUACCGGCAUACUUUUGAGAAGCCUCAUAAGUGUUUAGUUUGUGACUAUGCUAGUGUUGAACUCAGCAAGUUAAAGAGACAUAUGCGCUCUCAUACAGGUGAACGACCAUAUCAGUGCCCAAACUGUGCAUAUGCAAGUCCGGACACUUACAAAUUAAAGCGUCAUCUACGCAUCCAUACAGGCGAGAAGCCGUACGAAUGUGAUGUUUGCCAUGCUCGAUUUACUCAGAGUAACAGUUUGAAAGCCCACAAACUUAUACAUUCCGGAGACAAACCUGUGUACCAGUGUGAUCUAUGUCCAACAACUUGUGGACGGAAAACAGAUCUGAAAAUACAUAUCCAAAAACUUCACACCAGUGAAAGACCACUGAUUUGUCGUAAAUGUAACAAAACGUUCCCAGAUCGCUACUCCUACAAAAUGCACAACAAGAACCAUGAUGGGGAGAAAUGUUUCAAAUGUGAUUUUGGGAACUGUGACUAUGCAGCUUUGUCACAGCGCCAUCUGGAUAGUCACCUGCUCACACACUCAGGGAUUAAGCCCUUCGAGUGUGAUGAAUGUGAUCAGACAUUCCGCCAGAAACAGCUCCUCAGACGACACAAGAACCUUCAUCACACCCCGGACUACAUGCCACCUGCUCCCAGGGAGAAGAUGCAUGACUGUUCCGAGUGUGAGAAAUCUUUUGCUCAUAAGGGGAAUCUUGUACGUCACUUGCAGCAGCAUGGUAUAGAAUGUAGUUUGUCAGAUGAUGAGGAUUCGGAGGCAGGUACCUCUGCAACGAAUGUGCCCCAAGUCAAUGAUCAACUACACAAUAAUCUUAUGCAGGACUUGCGAGCAGGGAAGCUGGGUAAUGCUCCUCAAGUUGUUAUUGUUCAUCCUGAUGGACGGGUGGAGGAGUUCUCCUCCAGGUUAGAUCCUGCCGAGAAGGGUGUUGAUGAACUAUUAAUGGCAAUAGACAGCUCUGAGCAACUCAACAUGGAAAAGAGCGAGGGAGUCGUUCCUGAAGGUGUUUAUGAGUCUGAAGCACAGAAUGAUGAGAAACGAGAAGCAGGAACACAGGUAGAGAUAGACUCUGACACUGAUGAUGACAUAGAGGUCACCUUCCGCCAGCAGAAGAUUGUCAAGAAGACCGUGAAGCUCGAACCCCAGAAGCUGGACAUGGUUGAUCUCUACCCAAUCAGUGAAAUGAAAAGCUUGGUAGAGGUUGGCAACGAGAUGAACAGUAUCCUUCCCAAACCAGCACCUAGCAACACAUACGCAGUAUUGACAAGCCAACCUAAGACAUCUACUCAAACCACAUCAUCGAUCAAUAUCCCUAAAAUUGUUACUGUGGUUGCACCGAAAAGUAGCGGGCCACUCUCACCAACGAAGCAAGGUUCCAGUGAUACUAUGAGUGCUGUUAAGAGGAAGCUUCCUGUUGAUGAGGGCUCCCCAGCUAAACGAACAAGGAAAGCUACAGCAGAUAGCAAAGUUUGAGACAUGGCUAUAAUAACACUGACAUGACAACAUUAUUGCUGGAAGUAAAUGCUUGGAAUGAAGCUCACAGCACCUGACCAUGUGUACAGUACAUCAAAAAACAUGUUACAGCAUCAUCAGUUGGGCCACUGUCCUUUCCAGACAUACAGAUCUUCAUAUUGAACAAAUAAGUUAACAGGUUGGAAUUAAGUGUCAAUAAUAAUUAAAAAAUCAGGAACAAUUUUUAAAGGCAAAUAGGAUGAUAGCAUACUGACAUAUGAUCAUUAAUAUGUUUAUGUUUGAAAAAUUGUUCUUGUGUAAGUUUUUCCAGUAUUCAAAUUAUCCUAUUUUAUGGAUCUGUAAGUCAGGAAAUAUAUUUGUGAGUGGCCUUCCUGAUCCCACAUUGGAAGUGAAAGUUAAUUUACAUUCCUGGGUGUAGGGGAGAUAAUUUGGAUGUGUUAGGUUACCUCCCUUUGGUUACCCAGCCUUUUUGCUGUUUGGCUCAACAUUACUUUGAUAGUAUUUAUUAUAGGAAUAAAGCAUGAGUUUUUUUUACGUGACUCUUGUCUCCAGUAUUAAAGUUUCAUUUUGUAUGGUUGUGUAGAUAUCUUGGUAUGGCAUUCUGGAGCAUCAGAUUAUGGAAGGAAGUCUUGCUCUUGAAGUCAUUUAAAGAAUGAGCUCAUGGAUGUGGUAGCAGAUAUUGACAUCUCUUUGCUGUAUUUAGUUCCUACCGUCCACUGAUCACACAGAUGACCACAUGUACUCCAUUCCAUGGAGCCUGAGAAACAUGGGGAUUCAAUACUUAUGUGUAUCAUGGCUGUUCAUCGGGUUCAAGUGACAGAUGCCUCCUAGUAUGUGUAGCAACUACCAUGAAACUGUUCCAAACCUUUGUUCAACGUUUAUAUAUCAAUAUUAGUGGUCGAAAAUAAGGGUUGAAAUUUGAACAUGAUAAAUCUUUAUUGUCAUUCUAAUCAAGAUAAAGAUUGGAGGGGUCAUAACCAAUUUCUGUAGAUCAUGACAUCAGAUGCAGUCAGAUUGUAUUGGAAAGCAAUCCUGUAUCAAUAUCAACAGAUAAAUGUGUUAUUUAUAUAAGGUAGUAAUAUAUUCAGUGAGACCUUACGUUGUAGUAAAGUAUCAACCAUUUAUUUUGUUUUAGCAAAGUCUUAAGGACAUUGUCAUUGGCAUUACUUACAUCAUCUUCCUGAGGCAAGGGAGUGAACUGACUAUAAAAGUCCCAUUUCCACCCUUGCCGAACUAGGAUGCAAUUAUGGAGCUACAUUUUGGAUGGACUAAUGAGUCAUAGUUAUUCAUGCUAUUAAUCAAGGUGCUCACAUGAUUUGAUGUACUUCGCGGGGUAAGACCCGUUUUAUUACACAAUAGACAUUGAUUAUGAAACAGAUCGUCUUGACUGGGUGCUGCCAUUUUGUUUGAAGCAAAUGCAAGUGAUAUGAGAGAUAGAGUCUGUUGGUCAAUAGGAGGAACAUAGAAGGGAAGUAACUCAUAAAUAGCCACUGGUGGCGCUACAAUCGAGCCUGGAAAUUCCAGCCUAGUUCAGCAAGUGUGGAAACUGGACUUUAAUAGUCAGUUAACUCCCUUGCCUUGGGAAGAUGUACUAACAUGUAUCUUAAGGUUUCAUGUUAUUUGUUAGGAACCUUGCCUAACUUUGUGUUAAUAUUAAAUUAUGUGUAUCAAUACAUUAUUGGGAGACAUUGAUACAAUAUAUCAGCUUUAUUGACAGACUAACUUUAGUUCAAACUUCAUCAAGGAAUUACGAAAUGAAAUAUUGCCUUUAUAAUCUUCAAGUUAUUAUUAGCUUAAUUGGGAAUUGAAUGUGAUUGUGUAUUGUUCAAUUUUUCAUUCCAAAAUGGCUUUAUCAGGAUAUGAUUUUAUCAUGGUAAUUGUAAACAAUAGAGUAAAUGUUUCAGGUAGAUAUUGACUUGUAUAAUGUAUGCUGUACUUAUGUCAAUGAGUCUAGAUAUUUGACAUUCAUGGAAAUGUUAAUUCAUUUCUGAAUCGUAUAAAUACUUAUUCUAAGAGGGGAAGAUGUAUUUGGUAUUUUUGAAAGAUAUUCAACUUCCCAACGAGUUACAUUGUUUAUGUCUGUGUUAAUCGUCAUGACAUUAUUUCUCUAUUGUUGUAAUGUUGAUUUGUUACCUAUUUGUGUUUUUUGCACCUAUCUUGUAUAUUUGGAUCAAGACACCUGUAUGCAUGGAAUAAACUACUUGUUUAUGAUCGGA